GCGUGCGCUCUGUGUCUAGUGUGUGGUGGGGGGGAGCAUGCGCUCUGUCUCUAGUGGUCGUGUGUGGGGUGUGGGGAGAGAGCGUUUGCUCCUUCCACCAUGUACAUUACAUUAAGCUGCAAUGAUUUCAUAUAAAUGUGUAGCCACAAUCUGAUACGGAAUGCUGUAGUAACAGCUUGGGGGUUUUCUGUGAAAUGUUUCAAAACACUGAAAUGAGGAAAAAGAGUCGACUAAGUCGUAUUUGUUUUAGUGAAAGAACGUCUUAUUAAACAAGUUGAAAUAUUCUGUGUCCUGGAGUCUGAACACAAAUUGGUAACCUCAGCACUGAUUAUUUGUGAGCCUGUCAGAAGUAGAGGAAGAGAGGCUUAGGUUUUCUGGAAGUCACCAUUGAUCUAAACCGGUCCUUUUCUUCCUAGGAUGUGUUUCUCAUGAUCCGCCGGCACAAAACAACAAUUUUUACAGAUGCCAAGGAAAGCACAACAGUGUACGAGCUGAAGCGGAUUGUGGAGGGGAUCCUGAAACGACCUCCUGAGGACCAGCGACUAUACAAGGUGAGAACCUCUAGCUUGCUCUCUUACUAGUGGGCGUUGUCUCUCUUGGCCCGUUUAACUCUGUCCUUCUCUGUUCUAGGACGAUCAGCUCUUGGAUGAAAGUAAGACACUUGGUGACUGUGGCUUCACCAGCCUGACUGCUCGGCCCCAGGCCCCAGCUACAGUGGGACUGGCUUUCCGCAGUGGAGGUAAGUUACUCAGGGUGGUGCCCACUUCUGUCUAAAUGAGUAAAUGUAAUAAACUCCUCCCUUUGCUAUGACUUUGCUCUGUUUUGCAGGUGAUGCGUUUGAGCCUCUUCGAGUGGACUCCUUCUCCAGUCCUCCCGAGCUCCCUGAUGUAAUGAAGCCACAAGAGACAAGUGGCAGUGCUAACGAGCAGUCAGUGCAGUGAGAUCUAGAGUCUGCAUCCCCCAGUCCACCUCCUUGUUUCUCUGUCUCCUCGAGGGGGCAUACUGCAAUGUUUGUGCUGCCUCCAGCUAGCGAUGGGGUUAACAGAUUUCUCACGCUCCAUUUCACCUUGUGUAUCUCCUCAUUGUACGACUUGGCUCCCCCUUUAAGUUGCCCAAAGAAUGGAAGACGUGAAGAUGGAGGGCACUCUUCUCAAACCACCCUGCUGGGCAUAAACUCUGGAAUCCUGCUCCACGUCCUGUGAUUUCCCCCAAAGCCUCCCUCUUAACCCCCCUCCCACCGCCUUUUUUUUUUUUUUUUUUCCUUUCUCCCUGUUCUCCGUUUUGUUUGGGGUGGGUGAUGUUCAAUUUUGUUUUUUGGUUUUUGUUCUAUUUUAUUUUUUAAAACAUAAUAAAUUUAGUUUUGCCUGAUGGAUGCUGUGACUCC